AGACAUUUGACAUGGUUACUUUUCGUUUAUUACUAAAUUCAAAACAAAAACGAUUUUUGUGCUUUGUAAAUAUUUUUUCCGUUCGUGUUUUUCAUACAGUUAAUUUGUUUUUAUGGUGCGAAACCGGCGGCACAAUAAUGUAUGGAGAUGAACUAAUAACCCUUUUUGCGAAACUUAAUGUAAGAAUCGGUGAUUUGGAGCCCCGUGUCAUAAAAGCCUGGUUCGAUACAGAUUGUAAAGAUUUGCUAGAAUGGAUUUGUGCCUCAAUCACCGAAGAUUGCUACAUCUCGCCUCAAGAAGAACACGAAUACUCUCGGCUUGAGAACGUUUUAACUGGUGAUAAGUUGGAAAAAAUAGUUAAAGCAAUCGAGUUAGAAUAUCCCGACUUGUUUCAAGUUGAGACAAAUGAGGUAGAUAUAGAAAUUGCCAAUGACAUAAUUGAGGUGUUGGAGGAACAGUUGGAAGGGUGUGAAAACCAGUUAAACAUCAAUCAGCGAUUAAAAUCCAAUUUGGCCGCGGAAUAUUCCGAAGUAUCUUCUCAGUUAAUCAAGUCGCAGCUUGAACUGGAGGAGACGCAAGAAAAAUGCAUGAAGUUGAGUCAGGAACUCGACCGAGUUAACAAGGAAACACACACUCAAGUGGUAAAGUAUGCUUCGGCCUUGGAUGACUUCGAAUCUGCACAACAUCCGAAAUUUAUUAACAACGGCGAUAUAACAGAAUUUGAGGAGAAGUUUGAUCAUGUUGUUGAUAUUUUACGCACUUUUAUGAUAAGCAAUAACUAUUCCUUAAGGCUCGGAGAUGAUAUGCUUUCAGAAAUUAAAAACCGCAUUUUUUAUUCCACCUUAAGCCGUCUGAAGCUAGAAAUGGAAGUGGAAGCACAACAUUCAGUUUUAAAAUUCUACGAAACUCUUAAUCUCUACUCAUUAAAUUCGUUGGCAUUUGAUUGUAACUUUACUCAAAUGGAAAUCGAAGAGAAUAAAGACUGUCAGAACCAAAUGAUGGUAAAUGUGGAGAAGUUGUUAAUGAAAUAUGCUGAACAAUGCGUUAAUGAACCGAGUUUAAGGUUUUAUAAAAACGAGCUAAACUUUUAUGUUUCUAGAUUAGAAAACUUGAAUGUAGUUGAGGAAAGACUGAAAAAAAUUUUGGUUAAUUUUAAUUUAAUGCACAAUAUGUUUUUACAAGAAAAGAUGGACAUACAGUAUUCGAGUAGUUUCCUAAAAGAUAUGCACAAAUAUAUCCAGGAGAACUUGAAGCAGUGUUAUGUUCGAAAGCAAAAAAUGUUGAAGAAAAUCGAUGAAUAUGAAAAGUUUUCGAUUAAACCGGUGGAAGAGAAACUUAAAUUGGUACGUGAUUUUCAAAUUGUUCUCUCCAAGGAUGUAAACACUCUACAAAAAACUUUACAAGAAAGCACGAAGUUGAAAAUUGAAACAACGCGCUUGAAAAACAAACACUUUAAUUUUGCUCAGUGCUUUAAGAGUUGCCUCCAAUCGCACAACGUUGAAAUUCUACGAAACUUCCUAAUUUGCGGACCUACUUUCCAGAUUGUUACCAUACCACAUGGUUUACAAAUGUUACUUUUCCAAGUUGACCAAACUUUAGCCAAAUUACAAACUUCAACGAAAAUGGUGGUAGCAGCAGCACGGAAACCAAAAGAACUCGUCGCAAAAGAUAAAUGGUUGCGUUAUCGAAACCAGUUGUGGAUGCUUUUCAUGACUGAUCCGGAGAAGAUGAAACGUUUUCUGUGUCAAUUUGCCGAAAAUGAAAACUGUGAAAUUACCAAGCUUUCCCAAACUUCGAAGUUUGGGUUAACUUUUUUGGAAUAAUUGUUACAUUAAACUUAUUUAAUAAUAAAUAUCUUGUUCAUUAUAA